AUAUUUACAUGAUCCACGUGACAUCGACGUAUUUUUAUUUGUCUCGAUGACAAAGGAACCCAGUGACAGGUUCGUUCAUUAUACUUAUUUAACCGAUUUCAGGGAUAGGACGACCGCGAUUCAAUUUUUAUUGACGAGGAAAAUAAACGCUCUGAAAGUUACGGUCCAGUUCUUAGCUUGAUAGACUGUCUUAUAUGGAAUGAAUUGACUUUAUGAAAUCGAUUUAUAACGACCUUUUAUUGGAAUACCUGGUAAAUCAAUUUUGUGAGCAAACAUUACAAUCGGGCAGGCCAAUCAAUCGAAUAGCCGGCAUUCAGAAAACUUGUUUUAUGCUGGAACAAAAGUUUGUUCUUUUUAUUCUUCCGAUUAAUUGAAAACUUUUGAGAAUGGAUCAGUGUUUCUGGAGAGAAUUACCGAAAGAGAAAACCAUGAAAAAAUGAUAAUUUCAAAAGCUGUAUAUUUUGUUGGAUUUAAUGUUGUUUGGAAUUUAAAUCGGUGCCAACACAAAUAAAACAAAAGCUGGAAACAACGACGACGACAAUAUUAACAACAACAGAUACAAUUUUUCAGCGACAGCGAUACUUAUAUAGUCGUAAUUGGUGAUAAGCUAAUCUCAUUUAUUACCUGAAAGUGACGUAGAUAACCAGAAUGGAGACGUUAUUGAAGAAUGAAACGGUGCGCUCAAAGAUCAGGGGCUUAUCAGCUCCUGUGAAGAAAGCGUUUAUUGAAAAUCUUCUUGAUCUUUAUGAACAAGAAACUGAAGAAAUGAUUGACGUCAUCGAAGAAAGCCGAAUGGAGUUGCGAGGAGACUUCCUGUCAUUUGAAGAUGAAUCCAAAUCUCUCAGAGCUGAAUCAAGAAUGUUAG